AAGUAUGUCAUAUAAGUCAAAUUAGUUAAAUGUCAAACAUUUUCACAGUGACUUUAGUUUUCGUAUGACUUCCUUUUAAAAUUGGGAAAUCAUAAAAUAAAACUGGACUGUAUUGCUUCAAAAGACAAAUGCAAAGAUCUGUUGUGAUGUGUUCUUUCUUAUAUAUUUUCAAGAGUGUUUCUAGUCCAUUGUAAUGAAUGAGAAAGGUUUUAAAAGUAAUUAACACCCCACCACCAUGGGGUGUGGAGUGAGAAUGCGGCAAUGAAGAAAUUGUGUAAAUAUAUAAAAGAGACAAUGAUGUGUGGGUAUAAAGGGACUUUAAGGUCAUUAAGAGUCCAAAUACUAUAGUUACAGUAUGUAUGGCUGAAGGAGCGAGAGCAAACAAUGAGAUUUCAUAGAAGGUGUGGUGACAGAGUCACGCUUCUAAAUGACAACACUACAGCUGUAAGGAAUUUUGUUGAGUUCAAUCAUGGCUUGAUACUUAGCGCGGAACCCCUGAAGGAUGAUGUUAUGUUUGAAGUGUGUAUUGAUAGAAAGGUCAAUGUGUGGAAUGGAAGCCUUGAAAUUGGCGUUACUACCCUGGACCCGGAGUUCAUGGAACUGCCGGCGACAGCUACAAAAUUGAGGAAUACAGCUUGGAUAAUGUCUGGCAGCUCAAUCGUGAAGGAUGGUGUUACACUUGUUAAUUCCUAUGGUCCCGAACUCGACACACUCAGCGAGGGAGACUGUGUUGGUGUUAUGAAAACAGCCAAGGGGGAGUUAUUGUUUUAUGUGAAUAGUCGAUGCCUUGGGGUGGCAGCUAAGGACCUGCCUAGUAAACUGUUUGCCGUCAUAGAUUUAUAUGGGCAGUGUGUUCAAGCUUCUAUCACUCAUGUACAUGGCAUGAGGCCCAUUAUGGAAACCAGUAUAGAUCAGUUGGAAGAGGAUCCCAACAAUGAUGACACUUUAACAUCGAGUGACAUGGAUGUUGUGCCACUACCCCCGGACCUGCUGCAACCGAAGCCGUCUCAAGAUGUUUAUGUCCCGAUCGCCUCUGAGGGUGCCUGUGCUCUUGUAGCACAGGAUCGUUUAAGGUUUCACCCAAGAAGUGGGAUACUUGUAAAAUUAUCAGCUAAUAAUAAAUCAGCAGAAAGGGCUAGGCCUUUGGACGACUACAACAAUGGCGUAGUGAUGACGCACCGACCGUUGUAUGACAACGAACUGUUUGAGAUACGCAUCGACAGGCUAGUCGACAAAUGGAGUGGUAGCAUUGAGGUCGGUGUAACAUCUCACAAUCCGGCAACAAUCAGAUUUCCUUCCACCAUGACGAACAUGGACUCCGGUACCAUCAUGAUGUCAGGCUGCAAGGUGCUCAUGAACGGCCACGGCAUGUGCAUGGAGUAUGGGAACUUCAAUCUUGAUGAACUAAGGGAAGGGGACACCGUUGGUAUGAUGAGAAAGAGCACUGGCAAACUGCAUUACUUUAUCAACGGCGUGGACCAAGGCAUAGCCACGGAUAAAGUGGAACAACAAGUCUGGGGAGUUGUUGAUCUCUAUGGCAUGACUGUAAAGGUCACUAUAGUGGACCCGUGUGAGGACAUGGACACGACCGUUACCAACGCGCCGGUCGUGCUCGGCGCUCCCGCCCUGCCUGCUCCGAGCAGGAUAAGACAAAGAUUAGAUGAAGAUAGCCUUUUAUUUCAUACGCUGCGUGAUUCGAAUGUUAUUAUUAUUAAUGAUGGUAAGACUGCUCAUAGGCCUAAUGCUUUCGAAUACUUCAAUAACGGGAUAGUGAUGACGAACCGCACAUUGAGGACCAACGAACUGUUUCAAGUGCGUCUCGACUUGGUUAUCCCUAAGUGGGCCGGAAGCAUUGAAAUUGGGGUCACGCAGCAUUCUUCAAACGAUUUAUUAUUUCCAUACAAAAUGAGCAACGCAAAAUCUGGCACUUGGGCAAUGACCGGAGAAGAUGUAAUACGAGACGGGACCACCAUCAUCCCGCAAUACGUUAGGAAUCUCAACAGACUCGUGGAGGGGGACACCGUGGGCGUGAUGCGCAAGGACAUGGGCAUACUGCACUUCUUUGUGAACGGCGUGGACCAGGGACCCGCGGCCUUCAACAUCCCCGACCAUGUGUUCGGGCUAGUCGACUUGUACGGGCGAGUGGCGCAGGCGACCAUAGUGGAGGCGUACACGCCGCCCGCCGCUUACUCGCCGGAGUCACCUCUCUCUACUGAGUCAAACGCUACUAUUUAUCCAGAGAUGUGUUUCCACCGCCUGCACGGGCGCAACGCGCGGCUGUCCCGCAGCCGGCUGACCGCGUCGCGCGCCACCGUCUACUCGGAGUUCAACGACGCCGUGCUGUUCAGCUCGCGGCCGCUGCGCGAGUGUGACAUGUUCGAGCUGCGCAUCGACAAGAUGGUCGACUGCUGGAUCGGCAGCUUGGAGAUCGGUGUAACCGCAAUCCGUCCGGACGAUCUCGAAGCGAACGGUGGAGUCGGCGCCAUAGCAGGCACGGCGACCGACCUCAACUGGGACACGUACAUCCUGAGCGGCGCGGCCAUGAUGAAGGACGGCGAGUGCGUGCGCAGCGGCUACCCGCUCGACCUGGACACCCUCACCGUCGGGAGCAGAGUCGGCAUGAUGUGGCACGCGGACCGCAGCCUGCACUACUACCUGGACGGCAUGGACAUGGGCAAGGCGUGGUACGUGCCGCACCUUAACAUCUACGCCGUCGUCGACCUUUACGGACAGUGCACGCAGGUUACGAUUCUGCAAAACGAGGAAAGAGCUUUCAACUACAAUGGCUGCACCAAUUCUGAUAACUCGCUGCUGAGCAACUCAAGAGCAUUGUCAUCGCCCCCGCCGCCAUAUUGGAGUUUCUCGGAGUACUGCGGUGACAACAUCUGCAUAAUGCACGACUACUCGUUCGCGCGCCGGCUCACGCCCGACCCCACCGCCGCGCUCGUGUUCAGCUCCGCGCACUUGGCUGUCGGCGAGAUAUUCGAGGUGAAGAUCGUGGAGUGCAAGUCGGGGUACGCGGGCAGCUUCCGCAUGGGCGUGACGGACAUCAACAUCCUCAACGUGCACGUCAACCGCAGCCUCCCCCCCACCGUCGCUCUGCUGCCGCACUACACUGCCUACAUAGACGGUAAAUACAUGAAGUACUCGCGUCACAACGAGAAGGAGCACUCGCUGCGCUCGUUCGUGCCGUCGUUCGACUGGCUGCGCCCCGGCGACCGCGUCGGGCUCAAGAAGACCAACGAUGGCCGCGUGCUCGUCUACUACAACUCCGAGCUGCUCGAGACCGCCUUCGAGAACGUUCCCGAUAAAGUAUACGUGGUGAUGGAAAUAUUCGGUCACGUGACGAAGAUCCAAGCAGUCUCCAAAGGAGCCAACGUGGGGACGGCGCUGCCGCAGCACACCAUUCCGAACGACGAGUACGUGAAGGCGCCGGCGCUGACCGCCGCGGCCAAGAACGCGACCAACGCGAGCGUGGCUCACUCGGUGCAGAACAACGCUAACAACGAAACUGUAGCACAGGCCCAAGUGGAAGUGACGGAAGACACGAACGAUGAGUCGAGCCACUCGAACGAUGUCGUGUCUUCGAACGUGGAGUUGCUGGCCGCCAGCAACGACACGCUGACCGUGCCCACGGAGACCUCCACCCUUACCGUGGUGAGCGCCGACUCGCGCCGCCGCCGCAACCCGCUGCCCUACACCUUCCACUACGUGCACGGGAAGAAUAUCAAGCUCUGUAGCUCAGAUACCGUGGCAAUGCGUACAUCAGGAUACAAAGACGGAAUCGCAAUUGUCAGCCAACCACUUCGGAGGGGUCACAAUUUUAGGUUUCGCGUGGACAAGGUGGGCGGCGACUGGUCGGGCAGCAUCUCGCUGGGCGCGGUGGGCGCGCUGCCCGCCGACUCGCUGCCGCAGUGCGCCAUGCACCUCGACCCGCCCAUCUGGGCCGUCACCAGCGACCUGCUGCACGACAACGGCACCUUCAAAAAGACGCAAAUGGCAUCUGCGUUCGACGAGCUGACCGAGCAGUCGGUGCUGACGCUCCACUUCCGGUUCAACAGCGAGCUGGUGGUGGACGUGGACGGCGGCGUCAUGGGCGUGGUGGGCAUCGUGCCGCGCGCCUUCAGCCACGUCUACCCGCUCAUCGACCUAUACGGCCGCGUGCACCAGGUAUCCGUGCUGCUUCAUCCGACUGUGGUGGCGAGCGGCGCCUCCCUCGACCUACCCAUCAUCGCGGAGAACCUGCGCGAGGAGUCGCUCGCCGAGCUCGAGCUGCUCGACGACGACGAGGACAUGAUGCCCAAACUCACUCCAGAAACUCCCGAAAUUCACCCGAAGCGCAAAGCCAAAGCCUACAGCCACGACAACCUCCUAGGGGACUCUUCGGACCCCCUGUACUCUGAACCCGGCCCCAGCACACAUCCCGACCCGCCGACGCACAGUCUUCCAAACGAAAACGACGCCAAAAAUAAGCAAAUCAAAUGCAGAAAAAUAUGCACCAACCGCACCGUGCUUCACCAGAGCUUGAUAAUAACGCCCACUCCCAUCGAUAACAACGAGUCCGCUAAUCGAUGCAUACAAAAAAGUCACUCUACGCAUAGUUUUUGUCAAUUACCGGAUGAGAAUAAUUUAGAUGUGGACAAUAAGGACACGGUCAGGCUCGCGUUCAGCGCGGGCGACGAGCCGGGCGCGCCGGCCGAGGGGCGCGCGCGGUGCUGCGACACCAACAUCCGCCACAACGACCGCUACCCCGAGGCCAGCGACGUCGACAGCCUCGACACCGAGAUCAUGGACGCACUCGCGCUCGAGACCGGCAACCUGCCGGACCUCACCGAGGAGCACUCCUCUUCUAUCGACGAAUCCACUCGCCGCGACGACCUGUGGACGGAAUCUCUCUCCGUCGAGAAUCUCAAUUACUUGAAUCGAAUACUUUGUCUGGACCAGCAGAGCUCGGAGGGACAGAGUCUGGAGGCGGAGUGGGAGGCGCGGGGGGAGAGCUGCGAGCACCUGCACGUAGUGCUCAAGUACUGGCAUUUUCUGGUGUUGCCCUACCCCGAGUUGCGGCGCGCCGUGUUCAGCGGCCAGCUGCGCUGCUACUGCCGUAACUGCCAGCCGGACGCCCCACCACCUUUGGCAGGAUGGGUGCGCAUCGAGCGCGCGGAGGGCGGCGGGGCCCGCGCGUACUGGCACGCGGUGCGCGCCGUGCUGGGCUCGGCGCAGGUGUGCGACGGCGCGGGCGCGGCGCGCCGGCCGCGCUCGCUCGCGCCCGCGCCGCGCGCCAACCACCCCAACCACGACAUAUGGUUUGAUGAAGAAGGCAAACCUCACCACACAGUUUUGGCUAUAGAAAUUGACGUAGAAAGUCCAGACGCCACGCGCGACCGCCUAUUGGCGUUCCUGAUAUUUCUGAAAUCUCACUCUGUCCAGCACAACGACGACAACCCGCUGAGCCUCGAUGAUUAAGCACGCCGAUCUCCACUAUCUACUCAACGUACAUAUUAUAUAUCCGAUAUUAUACAUUAUUUUUAAGGGGCACAAAUGGUUGUCAUAUAAGUAUUAAAUGAAACUUAACGAGACGUCAGCCGUCUGUAUAUUAUUAGCAAGUAACAUGUGUUAGGUAUAAUGUUAUGGUCAAACUUCUCCAUCUUACAGAUUCACCUGUACACGUGCUUUACUAGUCUUAUUAUUUUAUAAGCACUGUUGUGAUCUCAGUCUACUGACUAAGUUAUCUUUUAUAUUAUUUAUUAUCACGGCGUUUGUAUUAUUCAUAGUUAUUUAAAUAUAACGACAAAUAAGUAUGUUUAAGGUC